CAAAAUUAAAAAAUAAGACGGGAAUCACAUUAUAAAUUUCGUAACUGGAAUUUUGAGACACUCUGUAUAUAUGACGAGUAUGCGCAGAUGGUGAGUGUUCCAAUAAUCUCACGUGAUUAUGACCGGUUGUGGUUUAUAACGCAGAUGAAAUUAACUUUAUAAUUAAUUUUUCUUUAAAAGGAAAAAAUAAUCAUAGAUUGUUCAGAUCAAUUUUGAUUUCUUCAAUUAAAAUAUUACGCUUAUCUGGCAUACUUAUGCAUUCCAAAGAUAUGCCUGAGGAAAUGGAAGAACCAAUGGAGGAUGUUUCGAACGAAGAUGAAAGUAGUGAAAGCAUGGACGAAUCCACAGAGGGUGAAAACGUGAAUGAAAGUCAUGAGGAAAUCAAGUCGAACGUCUACCUUCCGGGGCAGGCUCUACAAGAGGGGGAGGAACUUAUUGUUGAUAAAUCAGCAUAUAGGCUACUGCAUCACGCACAAUCCGGAGCACCAUGUCUCAGCUUUGAUGUGAUACCAGAUGAUUUAGGUAACUCCAGAGAGAGUUAUCCCUUAAGCAUGUACAUAGUCGCUGGAACGCAAGCUGCCAAGACGCAUGUCAAUAAUCUCCUUGUCAUGAAAAUGUCCAAUUUACAUAGUAAUAAACAGCACUCAGAAGAUUCGGAGAGUGAAUCAAGUGAUUCGGAAGACGAGGACGAAGAGCAUGAGCCAAUGAUGAGUGUCGCUUCUAUAAAACAUCAAGGAUGCAUUAAUAGAGUAAGAUGUACGAAACUUGGCGGAAUCAUCCUAGCCGCUAGCUGGAGCGAACUGGGACGUGUAAAUAUCUGGAACUUACAAGAGCAAUUAAACGCGGUCGAGAGUUCUAGUUUGCUGGCUGCAUAUCGUAAUAAAUGUGACAAAGUAAGUGCGAGCAUUAAACCAUUGUAUACAUUUAAAGGCCAUCUAUCCGAAGGAUUUGGUCUCGAUUGGAGCUGUACAGAGUCGGGUACUCUAGCAUCCGGUGAUUGCAAAGGUAAUAUACACAUAUGGCGACUUGAUAACAGCGGCGCAUCCUGGCAUGUAGAUCAAAGGUCAUAUAAUUCACAUGCCCCGCACAGUGUGGAAGAUUUGCAAUGGUCGCCGAAUGAAAAGAAUGUAUUAGCAUCAUGUUCUGUAGACAAAAGUAUAAAGAUUUGGGACACACGAGUAAGUCCACAGAAUGCGUGUAUGUUGACGGCAUCUGGCACUCACACAUCCGAUAUCAAUGUUAUUUCGUGGAAUCCGAAAGAAAGUCAAUUUAUGGUAUCUGGAGGAGACGAUGGAUUACUUUGCAUAUGGGAUUUACGACAAUUCGGAUCUAAUAGUACGAGUCCAGUCGCUACUUUUAAGCAACACACCGCACCGGUCACCACUGUGGAAUGGCAUCCCACAGAAGCCACAGUAUUUGCUUCCGGCGGAGCUGAUGAUCAAAUCGCUCAAUGGGAUCUGUCGGUGGAAGCAGACAACACGGAAGAACUUCAGGACAGCGUAUUAGCCAAAUUACCGCCACAGCUGCUAUUCAUACAUCAGGGUCAAUCGGAUAUUAAAGAAUUGCACUGGCAUCCACAAUGUCCAGGAACGAUGAUAUCGACAGCGCAUUCAGGAUUUAAUGUAUUCCGUACGAUUAGUGUAUAAUAGGAAAAAUAUUGCACUCUAUAAAAUUUCGAAAAAUAUAU